AAUGGUUACACCCCUCUCCAUAUAGCAGCCAAACAGAACCAGAUGGAAGUAGCCAGUUGCCUGCUGCAGAACGGGGCAUCGCCCAAUGCCGAGUCCCUCCAAGGCAUCACGCCCCUGCACUUGGCCUCACAAGAGGGACGGCCCGACAUUGUGGCUCUACUCAUCUCCAAGCAAGCGAACGUAAAUCUAGGAAACAAGAAUGGAUUGACCCCUCUCCAUCUGGUGGCGCAAGAGGGCCACGUGGGCAUUGCCGACACGCUAGUCAAACAGGGAGCGUCUGUUUAUGCUGCUUCGCGGAUGGGCUACACACCCCUUCACGUGGCAUGUCACUAUGGUAACAUCAAAAUGGUCAAGUUCCUGCU